AUGGCCUCCCCGGACCUGCCGCCCGCCACCAGCUACGCCCCCCCCGAAGUGCCCCUGGGGGUCCUGCUGUUCUUCACCAUCCCCUACGCCUUCUUCUUGCCCGAGCUGCUAUUUGGGUGCUGGGUCUGGAUCCUGGUAGCUGCCACCCAGGUAGCAAACCCGUUGCUGCAAGGAUGGGUGAUGUAUGUGGCGCUCACCUCGUUUCUCAUCUCCCUGAUGUUCCUGAUGUCUUACCUGUUUGGAUUUUACAAAAGAUUCGAGUCCUGGAGAGUCCUGGACAGCCUGUACCACGGCACCACGGGCAUCCUGUACAUGAGUGCCGCCGUCCUGCAGGCACACGCCACCAUCGUUUCUGAGACCCAGGACCUGAAGAACUACUUCAUCAACACCGCAGCCUCGUUCUUCGCCUUCAUCACUGCCCUGCUCUACAUCCUCCACGCCUUCAGCAUCUACUACCACUGA